AUGGCCGACCUCCUGUCUGAUUCGCCUGCUACUCAGCGACACCGCUCGUUGCCCACUGAUUCCCUCGUGUCCAUGCUUGGACAUCUGACACGCACGGAUCUCAAACCCUGCUCCACCUUCAACCGGCUCUUCUAUCAACUCGUCUAUCCCCGCUUGUUCGAGCGGGUCUAUCUCGACGUCGCCCAUGCUCAGCAACAACUCGGACCCCUUCGCGUGGCUUCCAGACCACUAUCCGAGAUGUUCGGGCCUACGGUGACCAAAGACGAGAGGGGAACAAGGGAGGCAGAUCGGGUGGCGGAAAAUAGCGAGACGGGUGGUAUGGAGAGGGAUAUGGAGGAGGUCGGUACUGGCCUUGUCGAGGGAGAAGGGGGCGGGAUCGGUAGCGGAGAGGGCAGCACCGACGGGGCGGGCAGAGGAAUCCUCGGUGGUACCGGACGACUCAUCGGCUAUCGCCUAUCGACGCCUCCUCUUCCAUCGGUUCACCUGUACAACCUGCCUCACUCUCACCUCCCAUACAUUCGUCGCUUGACUAUCUACGCACCACAUCGAAAUGCCGAACGUCAUCACGCUGCGCAUCCUCCCCACAUCUCUCUCGGAGAUGCCAUCGGUCCCAAUCGGUACCUUCCCGCACCUGCCCCUUCAUUGCCAAACUUCGUCCUCGGCGGCUCAGCCUCGGUGAUGCCCAUACCUCGCUUCAGGGCAUGGGCGCCAGUCUCUACGACGCGGGCGGCCCUUCGAUUCUACCCGAAUCUAUCACGCACAUCGGUGUUGUUCGUCGGCAGCGGUAGCGGGUGGGAAUUAUCGGGGUCCUACGAGACGAAAUGGCUCGGUAGACUCCCACCGUCGGUCUUCAAGCUCAGCGUUGUCAACUGUCCGUCGGGGAAGCUAUGGACAGGAGAGCAAGCACGCCCAGGACCUCAGCCGUUCAGAUUCGGACGUCAGGUACACUCUUCGCCUCUCGCUGCGACCCCCGCUACUGGGCUCACCGGGAGCGCGCAAGUCAUGGAGGUUGUCGGGCUUGAGUUGGUCGAUCCAAAAUGGCUCAAGACCAGUACGUCUGACCUGAAGGCUCAGAUCAAAUCGACGGUGCCAGCUCUGAGGUCGUCGCGCGGCAAUGCGGGGGCGGGGUGGAAGAAGGCGGGCGAGAUCGUAUAUUGGACGAGGGAGGUCUUGGACAUGGAGGAGGCUGGAGAAGAGGAGUGA